AUGACUGCACAAAUACCAGAAUCUGAUCAGAUAAAACAGUUGAAGGAAUUUCUUGGCACCUACAAUAAACUUACAAAAACUUGCUUUUUGGACUGUGUUAAAGACUUCACAAUAAGAGAAGUAAAACUUGAAGAGGAAUAUCAUAUUCAGCAGACUGAACCCCUGACAGCCAAAGCAGGACUCCAUGGGCAAGCACCAUAUAGAAAUCUCGAUGAAAGAUUGCAAACAGCUGUUGCACUGGAAAUGAAGAUUCAUCUGAUAGAAUCCCCUGAAAGCAGUAGCCACCAUGUCAAACCAUCUAUUAUAACUGGCCAGUGGAAACCACUGGAGAAACAAAAUUGCUUUUUACUAGGAAUAAUCAAAAUAGAAGGUUUUAUAGUUCAAUGA